GCCUGUAAACAAUUAUGUAAUAUUUGUGAAAUUUGUGAAUAAAUUCAAGGCAAAUGUAACUCAACCUAUAUGCCCCGCCCCUUGGAUUGUUGCUAAGAACCAUAUUUCACUGCUGAUUUUUAAGAAUAAAUAUACAAAACAACAUAUUUAACACUUUAAAGUAAGAAUUACAAUAAUAGUAGGCCAUAAUAUGUGUAAAUGUGAUAUGAAUGAUAACAUCAAUAGGCCUAAAUAUUAUAUUUUAAUCGAAGAUAGUUUAGUAAACAUAUUAUGUUUACUAAACUAUAAAUACAUAGGCCUAAAUAAAUAAAUAAUUUUAUUAUUGGUUUUUAUUUAAACUGUACACAGCAUUUACCAAUGUGAGGUUCAAGUACUUGUGUCGUAAAGGCUGAUAAAGAACAGUAACACAACAUGCAUAGAACUACAGGAUCUCUAGGAAGUUACCUACGACUUUUUUGUUGCGUAGUGUGCCUUGCGUUUAUGCAUGCUUUUGUUGGCGUCAUCUUCCAACGCACUCCCAAUGAUGUAACAUCAUUGCUAAUGGUACAAAACGUGGUUACCAAUCAGUUUGUUGAUGAAACUCGUUCAAUUUACAGAAGUUCGAAUGCACAAAUCCUAGAUCACGAGAGAGUGAAACAACAUGUAAAAACAUUUAGUUUGCAUGCUUUUCUACGAAAUUUAAGUUACAUUGCACCUUUGGUUAACUGUGAUGGACGUAAACAUAAAGUAGUAGCGUUAAUAAAUUCCGCCCGUGCUAACAUAGAACGUCGGAGAGCUAUCCGUGAAAGUUGGGCAAAUCAGUAUGUACUUUCUGAUCAUCGGGUGUGUUUGGUGUUUGCCAUUGGAAUUCAUAUACCUGCCGAUCCACUACUGACAGUGAACAUCGAACGAGAAAAGGCCUCAGAACGCGAUAUAUUAGAAGGAAAUUUUGUGGAUCAUACUCACAAUAACACAUUAAAAUCUUUAACAGGUUUUACGUGGGUAUCGUCUUCUUGCAGUGAUGUGCCUUACACUCUACUUGCAGACGAUAAUAUGUUUAUUAAUUUUGAGGUGUUAAUGAACACAGUUUUAUUUAAUUUAGUAUACUAUCCAAAGAGUUUCUGGAUGGGUCAUUUGGAGCUAAAGAGAAAAGUGACGAGAAGACAAGAUUCCAUUAACUACAUUUCAUAUAAUACAUACUCAGAGGCCGCACUUCCUCCAUUGUGCUCGAAAGAGGCUGGUUUUCUUCUUUCUUCUCAAGCCAUAUUGCAGGUGCUCGAAACUGCCGCCAACGCUUCCCUAAUUCCACGCAUUGAUCACUUCUUAGCAGUAACUCUACACAAAUAUAAUUUUGGACGAAUGAAAAUAAUAAAUAACAAGGUUUUCUCAACGAGUAUAGCUGAUGUCUGCGCCUUGAGAAAUCUAGCAACAACCCCAGGAAUGUUCUCCGUAAGUAGCCAUGGAAUACAUUGGAAAAAUUUAUCCAGUAUUUCGUUUCUGAAAACGUGUGACGACCCAGAUCUCGAUUUAGUGCUACAUAGUAAAGUUUCAAACGACGAGUAUUUUGGAAAGACUUUAAAGUUCAUCCAUUCAAAUGAAGAUGCAUGCGCAGACAUUGACAACGAUUCUGAAGAGUCAUUUUUGGUAGCACUUAUUAGCACGUUACCAUGGAAUCAUCAACGACGCAAUGCAAUUAGACGCACCUGGGGUGCGAGUCGAAAGAUAGACAAUGUUAAUAUAAGGGUUUUAUUUGUAACCGGUGUUACACAGAAGGACAAUCAAUUGUAUAAUACAAUCCUAGCUGUCUCUUAUACACAUCUUGUCAACUACAGGAUCCGUAGGCCGACGUCCAAAUAUUUCAUACCAGUAAACAUAUAUUCUGGAAAGUACUUCCCGCCGUAUUGCAGCGGUGGUGGGUAUAUUAUCUCCACGGACGUUAUCCCUGCCAUGUAUAGAGCUGCCCUAAAAACACCAUUAUUACCGAUCGAUGACGCGUUUCAAGGAAUAGUGGCCAAGAAAACCGGUGUGAGCCCAACCAUGAUUGACCAGUUCAAAAACUAUGGCGGCCCAAGUGACCACUGCGCCUUAAGUUCGUCUAUGACGGUCCAUGGGUUUAAAACUGCAGACCAGCUGAUGAAAGUGUGGAGUAACUAUACAGAUACAACAACAUUGUCAUGUCCCGAGGAUUAUUAACAUUAUCACAUGUUCAAUUAUAAUAUAUCUUAAAAUAUUAAUCUACUGAAUAAUAAUCGACCCUCGCUGCUGUCGUAAAAGCGACCCACGUGACGUACCGGUAGAUUUUCGUUCGAAAGCGUCGUAAAAAUUUAUAGCGUUAAUAUAUUGAGUAAACGUCAAGGCGCAUAAUUCAUAUAGGCCUAAACCUUAACAUUCAAAUUACUAUAGGCCUAUUUAAAAUACAAAUUAGGAAAAUUUAUUUAGUCUGCAAUACCAACUUUCUUUGUGCAGAUGGACAACACGAAGCAGCUUCAUUUAUUUUGUAGAUGAUGUUCUUGGUCAAAUGCCUGAUGGGUUAUUGUCAAUCUACUGCACGGUAUGCCUAUUUUUGUAAAAUAUUAAACUUUAUAAUGACAA